CGGAGGGGUGGGGCCAAGCCGGCGAGCUGCUGCGGAAGCCCGGCUUCGGAGACUCGGGUUCUGCUCCGCUACCAGGAUGGCCGGGAGAGGGAAGCUGAUCGCGGUGAUCGGAGACGAGGACACGGUGACCGGCUUCCUGCUGGGCGGCAUCGGGGAGCUCAACAAGAACCGCCACCCUAAUUUCCUGGUGGUGGAGAAGGACACCACUAUCACUGAGAUAGAAGACACUUUCCGGCAGUUUCUCAACCGGGAUGACAUCGGCAUUAUCCUCAUCAACCAGUACAUCGCAGAGAUGGUGAGGCACGCGCUGGACGCCCACCAGCGCUCCAUCCCCGCCGUGCUGGAGAUCCCAUCCAAAGAGCACCCCUACGACGCUGCCAAGGACUCCAUCCUGCGCAGGGCCCGUGGCAUGUUCACGGCCGAAGACCUGCGCUAGGCGUUGCCCCGCAGGCUGGCCCUCGGCCCGCCUUUUAUGUUCCGAGUCUCUGAUUUCCAGUCCCCUGCUCCCUGCCAUCCUACUGAGAGGCUGUGUGAAGUGCAUCUAGGGUCGUGGGGCUCUGCCAUUAAACCCAGGCUGGUGAGGGAGCAGGAGGUGUGCCCGUCUUCUCUUUCCACUACCUCUUCCCUGUGUUGUGCCCUCAUGUCGUUGUUGAUGUUAAAUUAAAGUAAUAUUCUGGCUUCUGUCCAAA